AUGGAGGUGGAAGAUUCCUCCGACGACGAGUUUCUUCCCGUUGUCGGAACGCGGAAGCGGAAGAAGACAAGUGACGACGGAGCCGACAUCGGAAAUGGCAACGAGGAACAGCUCCUCAACAACAACAAGUUCAUGGCCAAGGAACCACCUCCUCUGGUGGUAAAGAAUAUGAGCUUCGGCAAGCUGAGGAGUGUAAUGUUGUCGUGCACAACCAAGUCAAGUUACAAGCUGACUCCGUUUGGGAUCAAAUUGCUGCGUAUCUCCGAGGAGCGUUUUGAAACCGCGCGGGUCCACUUGAUCACGAACAAAGUGGAUUUCUAUACCCACGAGAAACGAAGCGAGUGGCAACUCCGUGUCGUCAUCAGGGGACUUCCACUGGCUUCACCUGAGUUCGUCAAGAAGAAACUCAAGGAAUUGCACAACCUGGAUGCUGUAGAGGUGCAUGCCAUCAAGAGAAAAGGAGAGUUCGCCUCAACGACGGGAACCCCGUACAUUGUUACGUUCCCCAAGGGGUACACCAACCUCAAGAAGCUGAGUAAAAUUAAGCUCCUGCAAGCAUUUCACAUCCGGUGGGAGGCCUACCGGAACAAGCGGCCGAACAUCUUCCUCGUGGCGCUUCUGGCGACACCGGCGCUGUUCGAGGCAGCGCCCGCCAAGCAGGGAGGUGCCGAGCGACGUCGCGCCUUUUACCGCCGGUCCACAACCACGGCGGCACCGCCGUCCCCGGUUCCGGCCGCCACCCACGAGGACACCGCCAGCGCCGAGACCAAGUUCGGCGACGGUAACGGCGAGGGCCUGUACACGGUCGGCGAUUCGUUCACCAUCGGAGGCGGUGGCGGCGGGGGUGGCGGUUCGUUGUCGUCUUCGUCGUCGUCUGCAGGGGAUUCCGUCGGCAAGGGAAGUGCCUUCAAGCCGGUCACCAGUGGCGGCGAUAAACUGACGUCGUUCUCGGAGUACAACUUCGGCGGCACCAAGCUUUCCGACCCCGGUGACUCGGACGAAGACUACGGACUAGGAGGCCUGAAGAACCACAAGCCCCUGACGUCGUCGAACAACAACUUUAAGAACAGUGGAUCAUUUGACUUUUUGAACAAUGACUUUUCCAAGACCUCCCUGGACCUUUCGACCCGACCAAAAUCCUCCAUUACCAGUAAAUUUUCCAUCUCCCAUCCCACUCCCUCGAAAAGCACCGGUAUUACGGGUAAGCUCGACCACCUGGACGACUCGACCGAGUACGACGUGUACUCUAGCUUAAAGUCCAGCAGUAGCUACCGGUCCCCGUUGCAGGGUUACGGCACUUCACAGUUUUCGGCCUUUCCAGGUUCCUCCUCCUCACUGAACUUCGACGGCAAGGUGAAGAAGCUCUCACCGUAUACCAGCUUUGACGACUCUGGACUGACGAGCGGAUCGCUGACGACAGGAAGCCUGACCAAGUACAAGAAGAACAAACUGUCCUUAGACGAUGACACGUUCGGGGCGGUGGGUUCGGCGUUCGGCGGAUUCGGUAACAGCUUCGGCGUCGGUAAGCUAGAAGACUUCCUCGGUGGCGGCGGCGCUGGCAUCGGCAAGAAGAAUCCCUUCCGCUUCGGUGCCGGCGAGCCACCGCUGGUGAACUCUGCCUUAUCGACACUGAAACAUUUUGGUCAUGGAAUUCUAGGUAAACCCGAGAAAGCGUCCUCCCUGUUCGACGACAGCGGCGAGAGUGGUACCGGUUUUGGGGCGUCCAAAUUCAAACCGUCGUCCAACUUUGGCAAACAAGGUAGCUUCUCCAACAGCUUCAACCUGGACGACAGCAACGAGUCGUACGAGCCGGCCUACAAGCCCAAGCUUACAAAACCGCACCACUCAUCGUUCUCGUCGUCGUCGUCGUCAUCCUCCUCCUUUGGAUCUUCCAAACCGCUGCUAAAACCCUCCAUCACCGAGUUCGACAGUGACUUCGAUGUGAAGAACAUCAAGCUGCCGGGCGCUCACUCCAUCACCAACUCGAACUCCAACUCCAACAAAUUCAGACAACACAGUACUAAAACGAACCCACACAAGUCCAAACACGGUCCCUCCAACAUUGACAAUCCCAACCCGCUCGAGUUCCGACCCAACUUCAAACUGCAAGAUGUGCCCAAUCUGUACCCUGACGAACACCAUCAUCUAGGUGCCGGCAUCGCCGCCAAGGGCCAGAUCGAGAACUUCCUCAACUCGGAGGGCGUCUUCAAGCCGGAACCGUUCCGCACGACGCACUUCCUCGACGGACCCCCACCCAAGAAGAAUCCGUACGGCCAGUUCGCCAAGCCCUCCGAGGAUUCCGACAACCUGGAAAAGGAAGCCUUGAAGGCGCAGAUCGAGUUCCUGAAAGCCCAAGCCGCGAAGCGAUCCCCCGCCGAGGUCCGGCAACGACCGCACGGAGGUGUCCCGUUGGGACCACCGCCCAAGCCCAUCCCCGGACACGGACCGAUCCGAGGCCCGCCACGACCGGUGCGCCGGAUUCCGGCCCUCGGCGUCAAGUCGGCCCAUCCGCUGCCCAGGAUCCCGCACUUCAACGAUCGGCCGUUCAGCGUUAGCUUCAAGCUGUAAGCGAGACUGUUGUAGAGCGUUGCUGCCUCGACGUGCAAUUUGUUGAUUUUUGAAAACCCGCCUCUCUUUUAAAUGGUAGAACGGUAGAAAAGUUCUGCCACCCCCCGUAGUCGAUGAUUUUAGUAUUAAUUUAUUUAUUUACUGUAGGGAUAAAUUUUAGUGCGAUGUGAGCGAAAUAGACAUUUGGAAACGUGAC